UUGUAUUUGUCACAUCUAUGACUGUGUCUCUUCUCUUCUCCUCUCCUAUAAAACAAAACCUCCAAAGCCAAUAUUCCGACUCCCACUCCAUUCACGUCACAGCUCCACCGCUCUUUCACUCUCUUCUGCCUCGUUUCGCGUCGGAAUAUGGCUUCUCCUUCUCAAACCUCACUCCCUACUACUAUGAAAACCGUCACCAUUUCCUACUCUGAUCUCCAAGAUAAGAGCAUGGAUUUGUCAGAGAAGAUCGAGGAAGGGUUCGGGCCAAGUGGGCUAGGCAUUUUGUCUGUAACAGAUGUUCCCGGGUAUUCUACAUUACGGCGAAAUCUUCUACUCCUUUCACCUCGACUAGUCAACCUGCCUGAAGAAGUGAAAAUGAAGCUGGAAGAUCCUCAUAGUAGGUACAAUUUUGGAUGGAGUCAUGGGAAAGAGAAGCUUGAAUCUGGGAAGCUUGAUAUGCUUAAAGGCUCUUUCUAUGCUAAUCCGAUCUUGGAUACACCAACAACAGAGGCAUCUCUAAUUGAAAGGUAUCCAUCAUACUGUGGAUCAAAUAUAUGGCCAGAUACUGCGUUGCCACAACUUGAAGUAGCCUUUAAAGCUCUUGGUCAGUUGAUGCAUUAUGUUGGACUCAUGUUGGCACAUCACUGCGACAGAUAUGUAUCCAAAGCGAUGAAAAUGGACAAGGAUGAAGGCCUUGAAAAUAUACUUCGUCGUUCUCGGUGUCCUAAAGGGCGUCUACUUUAUUAUUUUCCAAGAGAACAAAGUAACGAUAACAUCUCCAUGUCAUCUUGGUGUGGGUGGCAUACAGACCAUGGUUCACUGACAGGUCUGGCCUUUGGUAUGUUUAUGAGGGAUGCGGUUGAAGUACCUUGCCCUGAUAGUGCUGCUGGUCUUUAUGUUAGAACAAGAACCGAUCAAAUUGUCAAAGUAGUCUAUGGAGAAGACGAAAUAGCAUACCAAAUUGGUGAAACCACCGAAAUACUUUCAAGUGGUUAUCUAUGUGCAACACCUCAUUGCGUCCGGGCACCCAAAGGACAAGAAGCUUCUCGUCUUGAGCGGUCAACAUUUGCAUUAUUUAUGCAGCCUGACUGGGAAGAAAGACUAAAUUUUCCUGAGGAAGUGCAUAUUCAUAAAGAGUUGAUUUCAUCAAGCGGUCCUCUUACUUUCGGAGAGUACACGGAGAAGCUUCUUGACAAAUAUUAUCACCUCAGAACUUAGAACACUGUUUUCUUCAUUUCUACUCCUAGUGGUUUGUGUAUAGACUGAAUUAUGGCAACUUUCACGUAUUUCAUUCAUAAUAAGUUACUGCUAAAAUCUUUUUGCUCC